AUGGAGAAACCAGUGCAGUUGUCCUCCCCAUUGAAACUGAAGGAAGAGUUAUGUUCAAGAACACAGGAUUCUCCUGUGUCAAAGAAACAGACUUAUAAGGGUGGAUGGAAAAUUAUGCCCUUUAUUGUAGGAAAUGAGAGCUGUGCAAAUCUUGCAGUAUUCAGCUUAUAUGCUAACCUGCCGGUGUUGUUGAUCAGUCAAUACAAGAUGGAUUUGGUUGCAGCUGCACAAAUUUCAAUCCUUUGGGGAGGGAUAAACUUGAUAGCACCCAUUGCUGGUGCUGUUGUAGCAGAUUCUUAUCUUGGAAGGUUUUGGACAAUCCUUUUUGCCUCAUUCUCCUACAUACUGGCAUUGCUACUUGUGACAGUGGAAUCUGUAUUUAUAGAUCAAAUAAGGGGAACUGGAUAUGACCUGGCAUUGCUUUAUAUAUUUCUGACACUAAUGGUUGUGGGCUCAAGUGGGGUGAAGUCAUCUUCCAUAGCCUUUGGUGCCGAGCAAUUUGACAGCAAUGAUGAGGAGGAUAGGAAAAAUCAGCAAAGCUUCUUCAAUUGGUAUUAUUGUGCAUUUACUGUUUCUGUCAUGCUGGGCAUGACCUUUGUUGUUUAUAUACAAACUAAUGUCAGCUGGAGAUGCGGAUUCAGUCUGGCUACUAUACUCAUGACUAUAUCCACUGUCAUUUUUGGUCUUGGAUCAAAGUAUUAUGUCAUGGUCAGUCCACAAGGCAGUGCCUUCACCGCCUAUGUUCAAGUGAUCGUUGCAUCUAUUAGUAACAGAAACUUGGUUUUGCCUUCUGAUCCAAGAGAACUAUACGAUGUGCCUUUGGAUAAAGUAAAAGCUGAUUUGAAGCUCUCUUCAACAGACCGCUUCAAGUUUCUGAACAAGGCGGCCAUAAUCAGUAAAGAAGAUGAUAACGACCAUGGCUCCACACCCAAUCCAUGGAAGCUCUGCCCAGUUCAGAAAGUGGAAGAACUCAAGUUAGUUAUAAGAAUAUUACCCAUCUGGAGUGCAGGAAUACCAGCGGCCAUCAUCUUGCUGGGCAGCGCUAGCACUUACAUGAUAUACCAGGCAAAGCUCAUGCACAGAAAACUGGGCACCCAUUUCGAAAUACCAGAAGCCUCCAUGGCCGUCUUCACCUUUUUAACCAUAUCCAUUUGGUUGCCCAUCUAUGACAAACUCAUAAUACCAUUUGUCCGUCGCUUAACAAAGAGAAGCCGAGGUGUUGACUUUAUUGAAAGGAUCGGAACAGGCCAUGUCAUCUGUGUGCUCACCAUGAUGGUAGCAGCACUGGUAGAAAUUAAGCGUAAAAACAGCAGAGAGCCCAUCUCUGUGUUUUGGCUUGUGCCACAGUAUUGUCUAUCAGGCCUGGCUGAGUCAUUUUACGCCAUUGGUAUGAUUGAAUUCUUGUAUGUUCAGUUUCCCCAGAGCAUGAGAAGUACGGCUGUGGCAUUGCACUGGUGUGGCAUGGGUGUGGGUUUGUUACUCAGCAGUGUUGUUAUUACAGUGGUGCAUAAUGCCACUGGUGGGAACAGAAGAAAUGCUUGGCUGGGCCAAAACCUGAAUGAGGGCCGCCUCGAGUAUUUUUAUUGGUUUUUUGCAGGCCUUGGUCUGGUUAAUUUUUGUUAUUUUCUUCUUUGUUCAAGGCUGGUGAGAAAGCCCCGGAGCUGCAGCAAUGAUUCUGAUCAACAGAAGGAAAAUAAACAAGUCAGGGUGUCUGUUUAA